ACUAUACCUAAUUGCACAUUCGGCCCCCUUCAGGGCAGAUUUAGAACUUUGUUCAUCGCAGCAUAAACAAAUACUCCAAAACAACAAAUGAAAUGAAAUGUUUUUUUUUUGUUGAUUGCAACACAUGAAGUGAUAAGAAUUAAACUAGUGCAUUGAUUGUUUCUAGAAUUGAUUUUAAUAAUUCAGGAGGAGAAUCAAAGAAUAAAAAUAAGUGAGAGUGAUCGUGAGGGUUAUAAACAUAAAGAGACUGAAAUAGUUUUCAACAUCGAAAAUGGAUAAUUUGUUUGGAAAAGAUGACUCUGAGAACGAAAACGAAAAUAUUGAAAUAGGGAAUAACAAGGAUUCAAACAGAGACAGUGAUGUUGGGGUUUCUGAUAAGGAUGAUAUGAUUGACGUUGAGGAACAUGAGAUCAAGACUGAAUUGGAUAGUUCUGGAGCAGAAGCAGCAUCUGAUACCGAUCUGGGUCCUUCUAAAGAUCUCCCCACGUCUCUCACGACAGACAAACGACCCCCAGAAUCCAGGGACAGCAGCAAUGAGUCCUCUAGGAUGGAAAUAGACAAUAGUAGAGACAAAGUAGUUGAUGAUUUGUUUCAUUCGGAUAUCGUUCUUCCUCAAGCAUCACCAGUUGUUGUGAAGGAACGACGAGAGAGCAAGGAGAAGAACAAGAGGGAGCUUGAGGAAGAGGAGCGAGAGAAAAUGCAAGUUUUAGUUUCUAAUUUCACUGAGGAUCAGUUGGAUCGAUAUGAAAUGUACAGGAGAGCUGCAUUCCCUAAAGCAGCGAUAAAGAGAAUUAUGCAGACAAUAACAGGAUGUUCAGUCUCGCAGAAUGUCGUAAUUGCGAUGUCGGGUAUUGCUAAAGUAUUCGUUGGUGAGAUUGUGGAAGAAGCUCUGGAUGUAAUGGAGGCCAACAAUGAGACUGGUCCCCUCCAGCCAAAGCAUCUUCGAGAGGCUGUUCGUAGACUGAGAUGUCAGGGACAGAUACCCACUGGAAAAACGAGAAAAGCAUUCUUCAGGCUCUAAAUCUAUUUUAAUCCGUCAGCUGAUCUAUUGUUCUAAUUUAAACAAUUAUAAAAAACAACUAUGGAAUAACUUUUUAAGACAGUAGAAACUUUUCACACAAU